AUGCAAUUUAAAUGGUACGGAAAUCAGACUUUUUGUGAUAUUUUUCCUGAUUUGUAUGCUAAAGAAGCGAUCAAGAAUGUUAAGGUUUCUGAAAGUCUGCAAGGAAAUGGUUUAGUGCCAUUAUGGAAGUGGAAUUGGUCUGAAUCGUUGAGUGUGAACGAAGCUCAGCAGCUUACUGAAUUACAAGGUCUGUUCGAUGGUUUUUCCCUUCACAACAAUAAUCACGAUCAGUGGCGCUGGAUUCCGGAUUCGAAUGGAUUGUUCACGGUUAAAUCCUGUUACACGUAUUUAUUAGACCUGCGGCAGGUAGAGCUUCAAGAUGCUCAUGUGCUCGAGGCCAUUCAGCACCUUUGGAAGUCGGAUGUUCCUUCGAAAGUAAAUGUUUUCGAUUGGAGGUUAUUAUUAAACAGAUUACCAACUAGAGCAACUUUUCAUCACCAUGGUAUUUUGACUAGUCAUCAUGAAUUAUCAUGCGUCUUUUGUUUUCAACAAGCUGAGGACGAAAAACAUUUUUUCUUUUCAUGUCCUUUUAGUAAGGGAGUAUGGAACACAGUUUUAUCUUGGUUAGGGACAUCGUUACAAACUGGAGUCGAAGGUAGAGAUCAUUUUCUUUUAUUUGGUGAUUUUCUCAAAAUGAAAGACAAAGGUCGUGUCCGGUACUUGGUAUGGUUGGCAACCACUUGGAAUAUUUGGAAUCUUCGCAAUAAAGUAAUUUUUAAGGGCAAUAUUUCGGAUGUUUCGUCGUUAUUGAAGACAAUCAAACUUCAUUUUUUGUUGUGGUUCACUAAUCUGUAUGAGAGUAAGACUUGUACUCCUUUUCCUUUUUGGUGUUUAAAUCUUAUGUCUUGUAUUCUGAGCACUUAG